GCUGGCUGGCUGUCCCACUCCCCGCUGAGACACCCUCCCAAGAGGUUGCCCCACAGUCCCAGGGAGACCGAAACAGGCAGCCAAGUGACCCGCGAUGGAAGCUGCAGAUGCCUCCAGGAGCAGCGGGGCCAGCCCGGAAGCCAGGGAUGCCCGCAGCCCAAUGGGCCCCACCGGCGGCCUGGAGAAUGGAGCAAAGGCUGAUGGCAAAGAUGCCAAGACCAUCAAUGGGCAUGGCGGGGAGACGGCCGAGGGCAAGAGCCUGGGGAGCACCCUGAGGCCAGGUGAGGGAAAAGGCUCCCUGUUCUUGGGGAACGAGUGGCGACGGCCCAUCAUCCAGUUUGUCGAGUCUGUGGAUGAGAAGGGCUCCAAUUACUUCAGCAUGGACUCUGGGGAAGGCAGGAGGUCACCCUACGCUGGGCUCCAGCUGGGGGCGUCCAAGAAAUCACCUGUCACCUUUGCCGAGAAGGGGGAGCUGCGCAAGUCCAUCUUCUCGGAGCCCCGGAAGCCCACUGUGUCCAUCGUGGAGCCCGGGGAGAUGCGGAGGAACAGCUACCCCCGGGCCGACCCUGGCAGCCUCCUGCGCUCCAAGGCGGGCUCCGAGGAGGUCCUGUGUGACUCCUGCAUCGGCAACAAGCAGAAGGCCGUCAAGUCCUGCCUGGUGUGCCAGGCCUCCUUCUGCGACCUGCACCUCAAGCCCCACCUGGAGGGCGCUGCCUUCCGCGACCACCAGCUGCUCGAGCCCAUUCGGGACUUCGAGGCCCGCAAGUGCCCCCUCCACGGCAAGACCAUGGAGCUCUUCUGCCAGACGGACCAGACCUGCAUCUGCUACCUCUGCAUGUUCCAGGAGCACAAGAACCACAGCACCGUGACUGUGGAGGAGGCCAAGGCGGAGAAGGAGACGGAGCUGUCACUGCAAAAGGAGCAGCUGCAGCUCAAGAUCAUUGAGGUUGAGGAUGAAGCUGAGAAGUGGCAGAAGGAGAAGGACCGUAUCAAGAGCUUCACCACCAGUGAGAAGGAUGUCCUGGAGCAGAACUUCCGGGACCUGGUGCGGGACCUGGAGAAGCAAAAGGAGGAAAUUAAGGCUGCACUGGAGCAGCGAGAGCAGGAUGCUGUGGAUCAGGUGAAGGUGAUUGUGGAUGCUCUGGAUGAGAGGGCCAAGGUGCUGCAUGAGGACAAGCAGACUAGGGAGCAGCUGCACAGCAUCAGCGACUCGGUGCUGUUUCUGCAGGAAUUCGGUGCAUUGAUGAGCAGUUACUCCCUCCCCCCGCCCCUGCCCACCUAUCAUGUUCUGCUGGAGGGGGAGGGCCUGGGGCAGUCCCUCGGCAACUUCAAGGAUGACCUGCUCAAUGUGUGCAUGCGCCACGUUGAGAAGAUGUGCAAGGCUGACCUGAGCCGUAACUUCAUCGAGAGGAACCACAUGGAGAACGGGGGUGACCAUCGCUACAUGAACAACUACACCAACAGCUACACGAGUGAGUGGAGUGCUCCAGACACCAUGAAGAGAUACUCCAUGUACCUCACGCCCAAGGAGCCAGGGCCUGGUGACCUUGGGCUGGCCACUGCCCCCUCAGUGUCCCCAUCUGAGAAGAGAGGAGGUCGGACUGGAAUGCUAUGCGAGGAGAGCCUCCAGCUCCAUCACCGUGGGGCCAGGACGUCGUACCAGCCGGGGUCCCCCAGCCGCCUCUCCAAGGAGACCAACCAGAAGAACUUCAGCAACCUCUAUGGCACCAAAGGCAACUACACCUCCCGUGUCUGGGAAUAUUCCUCCACCAUUCAGAACUCUGAUGACCUGCCCGCCGCCGUCCAGGGCAGCUCCUCCUUCUCCCUGAAAGCAGGCACUGGGAAAGUCCCCUAUCAGUUCACCACCUUGGGACAGGCCACCACAGAGUUUUCCAAACCACUGGACGGCAGUGGGUUGUUUAAAAAUAAUCCUGGCUACCCCUCCCUCAUGCGGAGCCAGAGCCCCAAGGCCCAGCCCCAGACCUGGAAGUCCGGAAAGCAGACUUUGCUGUCUCACUACCGGCCAUUCUACGUCAACAAAGGCAGUGGGAUCGGGUCCAACGAGGCCCCGUGAGUCCAGCAGGCGGAAGGAGGCACCGCCAGCCCUGCCCUCCCCAGCUCAUCCUGCUGCUCUUGCUACUGUCCCAGCGGGGUGGGAUGGAGCCCGGCCCUGCGCCUCCCGCCCCCAGCCCUCUGCAGCCCCCUCAGGGCCAGCCUGGCCUCCCCCCCUCCCCAACUAGCCAGGCUCCAUCCGGGCCCCUUCCUGCUUUGUGACUUCUGACGGUCACCAUCUUUCCUGUGUUCAGAGGUCAACCAUGGCAGUGAUGGAAAUAGGUGGGCUUCUCUCCCCUAACCCAACACCCCCUCCUCUUACAUGGGAUGUUUGUGGUACCAGCCUGCCUGUCCUGUCCACGCCCCUGCUGUCUUCAGGCCUGUUGGCCAUUUCUCUCCAAGGCCCCUUGCCCUGUGAACGUGGUCAGUGUGUGUCUGGCCAAGAGAGUGCCAUCCCCCUCUGCAUGGGCCCACCUUCUUCCCAGCGGCCUGGCCCCAUCAAGAGGAAGACUGGUCCUAGGUGCUUGCUCUGGUCCCACCUCCCAAUGCCCAGCCUGGCAGAGCCCCCAGCCCUUGGCCAUCCCAGAGGGAAACCUCUCUGUGUCUUGGCAUCAUCCUGCCCGGCCUUGGGUCUUACCACAUCCCCUUGGAGUCUGUGAUCCCUGAGGAUGGGCUCUCCUGGCUGGCAGGAUGGUCUUAGCCAAGAAAUUCUUCUCUUCUACCUGCUGAGAUAAGCAAUUCCUUGACAGGAUAUGAUCCACCCAUGAAAAUAGCUACUGGCCCAGCUACCCUAAGGGGAAUACCUAUAGAAUUUACUUAUAGCAUUACCUAUAGAGUUUCUUUAGUUUUAUCAUUGUGUCCUCCCUGGUGAUGGGAACUGAGCCGGCCGGUGAAAGUGUGGCUGGGCUGGUAACUGCCGGUACUAUUUACAAGGGUACCUUACACGCUGCCCCUCACCCUCGUCCACUGCCCCCAUCAGUCGUCUUCUUCCCUCUGACUAUUCCCCAUGUCACAUGGUGUCACGGGGCCCAGGGCCCAGAGAGGAGACCCCACCAGGAGCAGCAAGGUGGGCUCAUCCCUCCUCUCACCGCCCCUGGAGGGCCUAUGGGGGCUCUGGGGAGGGGCCAGCUUGCAGGGCUGGGGGAGCGA